AUGUUGUCAACAACUUCUGAGAAGCCCAGUGAAGAGUCGGUCAACGCCCAGGGACGCGAUAGAGCCAUUGACGAUUAUGUAGCAAGCAUACCGAACGCCACGGACUGGUAUCCCAACGCCCUGCAGGACCCUGGAAACCCACAGAACUGGUCCUCUGCUUCAAAGGUGUUCCAGACAUUCAUCCCGAUAUGCGUCGGACUACUCGCCCCUUUCGGCUCUUCAGUCUACACUCCCGGCCUCGAGCAGGUUAUGGACGACUUCGGCAUAUCCAGAGAGGUCGCGCUGCUGCCAUUCGUGUUCUACCUUCUCGGGCUGUCGUUUGGGCCAGUCAUCGCCGCACCAGUCUCAGAGACAUACGGUCGUCGCAUAGUGUAUCUGUCAGCACUACCCGUCUUCGCCGCCUUCACUAUUGGGGCUGGCUUCUCGAGCAACAUCACGUCCCUCGUUGUAUGCAGAUUCUUCGCUGGACUGGUUGCUAGUCCCGGACUCGCGAUUGGAUCUGGGUCAACAGCCGACUUGUACCGUCCACACAAACGAGCUGUGCCAAUGGCAGUGUUUGUUACAAGUGUUCAAAUGGGCCCGGUAUUGGGACCAUUGAUCGGCGGGUUUGUCACAGAGAAGCGAAAUUGGCGCUGGACGCAGUGGGUCAUCCUUUUCGGAAUCGCCAUCGUGCUUACGAUCUCUCUUGGAGCGAAAGAGACAUAUAAGACAACCAUACUGAAGUCCCGAGCCAAGCGUUUGGGUAUCGAAGGGCCAGCUGAACCACAACGUACUCCCAUGGAAUCCUUCAAGUACUUUGCCAAGAAGACCAUCGUGCGACCGCUACAUAUGACAGCGACCGAGCCGAUGGUGCUAUUCUGGAACCUCUACACUGCAUUCUUGUUCGGCCUACUCAAUGCUUUCUUCGCUGCAUUCAGCUACGUGUUCAGGACCACUUACGGAUUUGGGCUUGGAAGCAUUGGCUUGACGUACCUUGGGCAAGCCGUGGGAAGUCUGGCAGGUCUGGCCAUCACUCUCUUCAUAUUCGAGGUCAUCUGGACUAAAGAGCACGCAAAGCUGCGAGAGGCUGAUCCUCAAGCAAAGUUCCCGCCAGAGAGGAAGCUGAUCCUGGCGAAAGUCGGCGCACCGCUCUUGCCAGUCAGCUUAUUCUGGUUCGGCUGGACAGCGAGACCCUCGGUCCACUGGCUAGCUCCCGUGGCUGCAGAGGCUCUCUUCAGCUGUGCCAACCUUCUGAUCUUCACGUGCGCACUCAUGGCGUUGCAGGACUGCUAUGGAUCACAGUACGGCGCAUCCGCAGCCUCGUCAAACACAUUUGCGAGAUAUUUGGCUGCAUUCGCGUUCCCGCUGCUCGCGGUGCAAAUGUUCGAAGGUCUGGGAAAUGGGUGGGCAGCGAGUCUCCUAGGCUUCGUCAGUCUGCUACUACUGCCGAUUCCAUUUGUGUUCGAACGUUACGGCGAGCGCAUUAGAGCGAAGAGCCAGUACAGGCCUGACGAAUGA